AUGAAUGAAAUCUAUCAUUAUAUUUAUCCAAUUGAAAAUGAUAAUCAAAAUGAAUAUUAUAUAGCGAAUAUUAAAUUAUUACAAGCAGAUGCUAAAAUCUAUCAAUCAACAUUGUAUCGAGAGCAUGAUCAUGAAAUAGGAGCAGCUGUUGGAUAUUGUUCACAUUUAAUUCUUAUUAUUUCACAACUUAUUCAAUUACCAUUGAGAUUUCCUAUUGAUUAUCAUGGAACACCAGCGAUUAAAAUAUAUGAUUAUAGUUUAGAAGUCAAUGAAUUUCCUCUUUAUCCAACAACUAAUUUAAGUUCUUUUCGAUAUGGCUUCUAUUUACUCAAUCGCAAUAUUGGUCAAAUUAUGUAUCAUUGUCGAAUAGGUGAUUGUAAUACAGAUUUUCGUAAUACAUUAGAAAAUUUAAAAGAAUUAAUUGAACAAUAUUUUAUUAAUUCAACUAAAAAAAAUAAUCAGAUUCCAUUUUAUCCGUCACUUCAAACGAUGAAAUCAAUUAAUAAUAAUAAUAAUGGUGAUGAAGAUUUUACUUAUAAUAAACGAAAUUCUAAUGUUUCAUCUUUAUCAUCUUUUUCGUCAACAUUAUCUCUUAUUGAGAAUAACGAUUAUGAUCAAAUUGAAGAUAUGGAAUUAUUUCCACAAUCAAAAACAAAUAAACCUCGAUUAGCCAUGCAGAUUUCAUUUCAACAAUAA